AGGCAUCUCGGCUGGGAAAGGCGGCGAGAGACCGAGCAUCGCUGCGGGGACCCUGCUCCGGCUCGUCUGGGAUGGGGGAGCGCCGGAACGGGAACGCCGGCAGAGCCUCACGCUCGUCCUUCUCGCUGCUUUAUUUUUAGAGGCGUUGGGGGAUUCGGCUCCGCUCGCUAAGGCAGUUCUUUAAAAAUAGCAGCGAAACUUAAAUGCUGAUCAAGGGAGAAAUGUAAAUGUUGAAAUAGCAGCAAGGAUAUGGCUGAACGAGAUCAGAAGUCACUUGCUCAGCUCCUCGGCACAGCAGGGACUCCUUGAGCCCCGGGAGAUCCUCCUGCUCGAUGCUGGGGCUCUGAGACCUGGGCUGGAUGAAGGGAAACAUCCGAUUCCCUUCGGAGUUGAGGAUUUUUAAACCUUUGGAGUUACUUGAAGGUGCCUUUGGUGGUUUAGAAGGAGAGUUGCCUGCUGUGUCUGUGGAAGAAUUACAGAUAAACCAUUGACUUCGUUUAUCUGGCAAACAUACACCAGUUCCUUUAAAUCUGAUCUAAAAAUGGAAAAACCGGAGAGAUACAACUUUUUUUUUUUUCUUUUCCUGGCAAUCCUGACGUGCUGUUUCCCAGGGAAAUGGAAAAGCCUUACAAAUGAAUGUUCCAAAAUGAGGAAGACUCAGUGAGAAAUUUUCCAGAGCAAAUCGUCAGUAGUGAGAAAUUAUUGCCAAAUUUUCUCUGUUCUCUGGGAUUUUGUUUGGAAAUGAGAAGUUGCUUCGCUUGGGAUGCGUUUAUCCAGGAAAUUGAUUCUGGGGAGGCUCUGGGACAUUUGAAAGUGGUUUGGAGGGAGCGAAGUCUGUGUGUGAUGGACACCGAACCCAAGCCAGCGUGUGUGGUGCCCCAGGCUCCCUGCCCAGGGAUGAAGUGCCCUCCUUCAGAGGACUUUCCUCCUCAGGUGAGGCUGUCUGAGAAGAUACCACCAGUGAAGCCUUGCUUCAAGAAGAAGCAGCAAGUGCAGAAGAGACUGGACCCACAGACCCUGCGGGCUUUGCGGCCGAUCUUCACCAGCCUGCUGGGAGCUGGGACCUUGGAGAGGGUCUUUGUGCCCCGGGGCCAGGGUGGUGGCCACAGUGAUUUAUGUGAACCUGCUGUGAAAAAGACUCUGGACCUCAGUACUUCUUGCCCCCAAACAGAAAAUAACGUGACUGUGCUGGUGCCAAGAGCUGCAGAUGUGCAGGGUCAGUUGCCAGGAGCCCAUCCUUCCCCCGGGCAUCCUGAGCAGGACAGCCGGUCAGGAGAGCGAGGCUUCUCCCCAGAAACUCCUGGAACUGCUGCUGAUAAUGGUAAUGAAUCAUUCCAGGAUCAUCCUUUGCACCCAAGCGCUAGUGAUGGUGCAGCUUGUCCUUUGUUCCCUGACAAGGUUCUGGAGAGCUGCACGUCUGGCUUGUUCCAGGAGAACAGCUGUCCAGUGCAGUACAGCUUGAACCCGAGCAAUAAAUUCAGUGCUGGGAUAUUCCAGGGUAAGAGUGAGGAAGCUUCUCUGGACCUGGUGUUCGAGCUGCUGAACCAGCUGCAGUAUCACACCCACCAGGAGGACGGCAUCGAGAUCUGUGUGGAUUUUCUCCAGGGCACUUGUGUUUAUGGCAGCGACUGCCCCAGACAUCACACGGUCCUGCCCUAUCACUGGCAGGUGAGGAGGACAGCAACCCAGACCUGGCAGAGCGUGACCAACGAUUCCCAGGAGCACCUGGAGAGACUCUACUGCAACCCUGACAACGACAGGAUCAAAGUCAAGUAUCGGGGCCAGGAGUUCUGCGUGGAUCUGAACCUCAUGAAGUUGUACGAGACUGCUGAGUUUGACCAACUGCGGCGCCUGAGCACCCCGUCCUGCCCCGGCUCCAGCUCCAGCUGCUUCACCGUCUGGAAGUACUUCUGCAGGGACCACUUCGGCUGGAGGGAGUACUCCGAGCCCGUGGUGAGGUUGAUCGAGGAGGCCUCGUGCCGGGGGCUGAAGGAGGUCAGGUUUGUCACCUGGCACAACCAGUACAUCCUCAACAUCAAGGAUGGCUUCCAGCAGAACGCCUGCUUCAGGAGGGAGAUCAAGAGGAGGCCCCUCCUGCGCUCCUGCGUCGUGCUGAUGCCCUUCCUGCAGACCCUGGGCGGCAGCUCCCCGGCGCCCUCCCCCUGUGCUGACCCCGCACACAUCUUAUCUCCAGCUGCUGUUACCUCUCCCAGCUUCUAUCCUGAAACCUGGAUUUGUAUGGAUCCGUCUCAGGACUUCAUCCAAGUGCCUGUUCUGAAGGAAGACAAAAGCUAUAGAACCAUUUAUAACCUGUUCCACAAGACUGUGCCAGAGACCAAAUACAAGAUUCUGAAAAUCCUGCGAGUGCAGAACCAGUUUCUCUGGGAGAAAUACAAAAGGAAAAAGGAGUACAUGUCCAAGAAGAUGUCCGGGCUGGACAGGCUCAUGAACGAGCGGCACCUGUUCCACGGCACGUCGCAGGACGUGGUGGACGGGAUCUGCAAGCACAACUUCGACCCGCGCGUGUGCGGCAAGCACGCCACCAUGUUCGGCCAGGGCAGCUACUUCGCCAGGAAGGCCAGCUACUCCCACAACUUCUCCAAGCGCUCCCCCAGGGGCGUCCACUACAUGUUCCUGGCCAAGGUGCUGACGGGCAGGUACACGGUGGGCAACCACACCAUGCGGAGGCCGCCGCCCGUGGAGCCCGGCAGCGUCACCAGCGACCUGUACGACUCCUGCGUGGACAACUUCUUCGAGCCCCAGAUCUUCGUCAUCUUCAACGACGACCAGAGCUACCCCUACUUCAUCAUCCAGUACGAGGAGCUGGGCAGCACCGUCUCCAUCUGAGAGCAGGGGCUGCUCCAGCCUUCCCGUUCGAGGACUCCUCCUCUGGCACCGGUUCCUGUGGGGGAACACAACCUGGGCGCUUCCUGACGGGUGGAAAUGACUUGGGAGGGAGGAAAUCUCAGCCUCUAGGGAAGGAAAUCUGCGGUGACCAACUGUGCACUUGCUGGUCGAUCCCCUCUGUGCAAAUUGUACAUAUUUUUCCAUUGUUUAUAGUUGAAAACCUGUGCCUUUUGUUAUAAAACACUAUUUAUGUUAGUAAAUAUUCAUGUUUAAAAA